AAAACCGAAAUCCAGACCUCCCCAUUCAUCAAUCACCCUUUACUCUUUAUCGCUUCUUCCCCUUCUCCCGUAAUAACACAGCACCGCUUUCUCCAUUCUCCAUUAUGCCUUAUACCGCACCCAAGGCUUCUGUCCAACUCCACCGCCUAACCCCCACCGGCUCCGUCGUCCCAGCGAAGUCCUCUCCGCCAACGGAUACGUCACGGUGCUCUGCCCACGCCGUGCCGGAGUCCGUCGCUCGCCAUCACAACCACGCCGUGGGGCCCAACCAGUGCUGCUCCACCGUCGUUCAACCCAUCGCCGCUCCGGUUCACUCGGUCUGGUCCGUCGUCCGCCGGUUCGAUAACCCGCAGGCGUACAAGCACUUCGUCAAGAGCUGCCACGUCGUCGUCGGCAAUGGCGAUGUUGGUACUCUCCGGGAAGUCCGGGUAGUUUCCGGCCUGCCGGCGGAGAACAGCACCGAACGGCUCGAGAUUCUCGAUGACGAGCGCCACGUGCUCAGCUUUCGAGUCAUCGGCGGCGAGCACCGCCUCGCUAACUACCGGUCGGUGACCACACUGCACGCCGAGCCGGCCGCUGCCGCUGCUGGCGGCGGCACCGUUGUGGUGGAGUCUUAUGUGGUGGACGUGCCGCCGGGGAACACCAGAGAGGAUACCCGUGUCUUCGUUGACACCAUCGUUAAGUGCAAUCUCAAGUCUCUGGCCCGCACCACCGAGAAUCUCGCCGCCGCCUGCGAGCGGCUUUCGGCCUGAAAAGUUGCCAUUUUUCUAAUUUUUUUCGGCCUUCAAGAUUCGCGCUGGAUUGGGGUUGUUUAUUUGUUCUAUGUUUGUUCAAAUGCUUUUCCGAUGUGGGACUAUUUCUGUCAAUAUUUACCAUCUAGUUGCAGCGGGAAGAUGAGGACAAUCGAAGACUAGAACAUAAAAGCUGCUAAAGUCUCCACCUUCUAAAUUUGUAUUAUUCUUCUUUUAUUUAUUUUUUGCUUUUUAAUACAGGAAGAGCUUUUUAUUCGUAAUAAUAUCACAUUGCCUUUAUCUUAA